UCUUCCUCUUUUCCACAUCAACAAGCAUCAGCUACACCGAGAUAGGCAGCUUUGAGACAAAGGGUAGUCAUGCAGAAGAGCUUUAGUCUGUGGAUUAUCUCUGAUCCAGCAUUGUACUGAGAGAAAUGUUUGCUAAGAGCAAAUUUCAUGCCAUAUCAAGGUGAAUUGGACAAGACAAAUACAAGAACUCCAGACCAGUUACUCUCUGAGUACACGCAAUCAUCUCACUGUUUUGAGUUACUUUCCACCAUGCCUUCUGGAGAUGUUGGCGCAGGCCAGGGUGAGGGGGUAAGGUUGCCCUGGAUGUUUGUGGUCCUGAUCCCCACCGUCAUUACCUCCUCCUCGCUGUCUGUGCUGUCCCUGUACCAUGUGUUGGCCCUGCAGGCUGAGGUGGAGGGUCUGAUAGCCGAGGUUGUCCACAAGAGGGAGGAGCAGAUUAGGACACUAGAGGAACCUGUGAAGAGGACAGACAAACAGACCCAAGAGCAACAACAAGAGGAGAACAAAGACGGAAUUGAAUGUCUGCAGCAGACUCAGAUGGAUGAUACCACACCAGACCACAAUGGCAUGACAAAAAGAAGACUGGGUCAUGUGUUACACAAAGCAGAAUUCCAACCCUGUUUGCAGAUGAAAUGUGAAAGUAAAUUUUUUAUUUUUUGGCCAGAGUUUGCUUUGGAAAUAUGCACAGCCAUCCCGUGGCAUAUGGGUCUAAAGCGAGGCUUAGCUCUGGAGGAAGAGCAGGGCACCAUUUUAGUCAAAGAGGAUGGAUUCUUCUUCAUCUACAGUCAGCUCUCCUUUUCCCAGGUGUACUACACUGACUCUACGAACAUGGGCCACAUUGUGAUUCGUUUAAAGAAGAAUGUUGUAGGAAAUGAGAGUCAGCAUGUCAUUCUGUUCCACUAUAUUCAGAGUAUGAAUUGAGUCAAUCACUUCAACACCUGCUACACUGGAGGCAUAGUGAAGCUGGACUCUGGAGACAGACUGGAGCUUCUGAUACCUUGUACACUUGCAAAUAUCUCUCUGGAUGGGGAUUCCACCUACUUAGGAGCAAUAAAACUGGCUUGACUUUGGGACAGACGUUUGAUUAUCUUGGAACUGCAGUCUGGACAUCUUAUUACUGCAGAGAGUGGCAGUGUUAUUGUCAUACCUGUGCAUUGUAUCCUGGAAGAUGAACUCUCCAACCCCAGUGUUUUUUUUUUUUUUUUUUUUUUUGUCUGACUUGCACCAGUGAUGUGAAUGGAUGUGUGACAUCUCAACCUCUCCACCACCACCUCUGAAAUUACUUUCCUUUCAAGCUGACAACACAAAUCCUUGUUACUUUGGCUCCAUUAUGUAA